GGUAGCUGGACGCGGGCGUUUCUUUCCUCCCUUUUUCCGAAACUGGGUUCGAGGGGUAGAUUCGACUUACAAAAUGGCGGCGCGGGCCGUGUUCUGCGCGGAUCCCCCGGCAAUUUCCAGCUGAGCGGGUAGCUGUCCCCGUCCCUGCCGACCGCGGAGAGACGAGGCCCUCAGGGGGUAUGGUGUUUGAGACUCGGGGCUUGCUGGUCACCGAGUCCUUCGAGAACCUCGGCGCGCCGGAAGCGGCCAGGUGCUCCCCCCCGGCGACGAGCCGCCUCUGCACACCCGAGCACCUUCGCCGCGCCAACAACCCAGCGAGUGCCGCGGCAGCCGCCCGGGAGGGUCGCAAAAAUGGCCAAAAGAAUCGCCGAGAAGGAACUGACAGAUAGGAACUGGGAUCAGGAAGAUGAAGCAGAAGAGGUGGGGACGUUCUCGGUGGCCAGUGAGGAGGUCCUGAAGAACAGAGCCAUCAAGAAAGCAAAGCGCAGGACUGUGGGCUGUGAAUCUGACAGCGGGGGGGCCUUUAAAGGCUUCAAGGGUUUGGUCGCCCCUUCUGGAGGAGGAGGGUUUUCUGGAUUUGGUGCUUGUACCGGAUCAAAGCCCCUGGAAGGACUGUCCAACGGGAACAGCGUGACCGGCGCCUCCCCCUUCUCCGGUGCCCGGGCUGCCCCCGAGACCAAGGCGGCCUUCGGGUCUGUUGCUGCAAAUGGCCCCGUCUCCUUGGUUGAUAGUAAGGUUUCAGAUCCCAAAACCAAUGGUGACAGCCAGCAGCCCCCCUCCGCCGGCCUCGCCCCGAGCCCCGCGCCCCACGGGAGCGCCUACCACAAGCAGCUGGCGGCCCUGAACUGCUGCGUGCGGGACUGGAUAGUGAAGCACGUGAACGCCAGCCCGCUGUGCGACCUGACGCCCGUCUUCAGGGACUACGAGAGGUACCUGGCCGGCAUCGAGCAGCAGCGCGGCGACAGCGGCGGCAGCGACCCCGUCAAGGAACCCAGCAAAGUGUCGCUCGACGCCCAGCCUCCUGCCCCGUUUGGUGCAGCCAAGUCACAGCAAGAGUCCCCAUUUUUGUUCCCUGGCGACAGGCGGGAGGAGGGCACCCCCGAGAAGAAGACAGAGGCCGUGCCCGAAAACAAAGCGGACCCGUCGCCCGGAGCAGCAAGUGCCUCGUUUAAUUUCGGCAAGAAGGUCGACGGUUCUGUGUUUCGCUUGUUAAACUCGAGCCCCCUGGCUGGGUUUUCCCUUCCUUCUGGAAACUCCAGUUUAUUUGGCAAAGACACCACCCAGAAUAAACCAGUUUCUUCGCCGUUUUCCAUUCAGACGGCGGAGAGGCAAGCGGACGGCGGCAGUGCUGACUGCAAAGGUGGAGAUGAGGAAGAAAAUGAUGAGCCGCCCAAAGUAGUGGUUACAGAAGUCAAAGAAGAAGAUGCUUUUUACUCCAAAAAGUGUAAACUAUUUUACAAGAAAGACAAUGAAUUUAAAGAGAAAGGCGUGGGCACUCUGCAUUUGAAACCUACAGCCAGUCAGAAGACGCAGCUCCUGGUGCGAGCAGACACCAACCUCGGUAACAUUCUGCUGAACGUCCUGGUCCCUCCCAGCAUGCCGUGCACCCGGACGGGGAAGAACAACGUGCUGAUCGUCUGCGUCCCCAACCCGCCCGUGGACGAGAAGAACGCCGCCAGCCCCGUGACCAUGCUGAUCCGGGUCAAGACCAGCGAGGACGCAGACGAGCUGCACCGGGUCCUGGUGGAGAAGAAGGGCGCCUGAGGGCCCGCGGCCUGGGGACCCCGCGCCGCCGCCCGCUAGUUAGCUCUCCUCCUCCUUCCGCUGACGUGCUCGGCACUCUUAGGUGACUUAAAACUUUUGUGAGGAAAUCAGUAUGGCCAAUAAACCUUUAACAUUUAGUGUCAAGAAACUACUCUGCCUUCUUGAGAGCUAUCUGAGGUGUAAGAUACGUUAGAGAGCAAUUUCGGGAGAGAUUUUACGUUCAUUUACUAAACCAGCCACAAGUGAAUUCUUACGGACUGAAUCAGGGUACCGAUUGGAUCUGCAAAGGCUUUCCGGACCCGCGGUGCGGGCGAGGCCUCUGGCGGCGGAGCGCCCGGGGAGCCCGGCCCGGAGCCGCCUCCCCCCUCCGCGGGCCCGGCUGAUCUGCGAGGACAGCGCUCUCCCCACGUGAGCCGCGCCGGGACCACCGGCCUCGCUGCCUCCGAGCGUGCCUUCCUUCCGGGCUGCCUCUGCAUCGGGGGCCGCGCCUCCCCUUCUGCGUGGGGCUGCUGGGCGGCGGCCACGGGCUGCACCCUGGAGGCUGCUGCCUGGGACCCAGGACCUGCGGCUUCAUUUCAGAAGGAAACCCGUAGCUCGCUCUUUGGUUUGCAGUUGUGUUCAGAGGUGCCGUCACUUGUGUACCCACCCCCCAGUGACAGGCGGGGGGAUGGCCGGGAAGGAGGUUUCAAAGCACAAGUGCCGUGGCGCUGUAAACCGCGGGCGUGAGCCCCGUGACGCCGAGUGGGUCGGAGGGAGAGCGUGCACGGAAGGCAGUGAGUGUGUGUGGUCACCUGCACCGGGGCCGCCCGGUGGGCCUCAGAACUGCUCUCUGCUCAAGUCCCGGGCGCGCUCCUUGUACACGAGCCGUGGGACUGCGCCAGGAGGCACGCGGUGUGGCCGUGCAGGAGAGUGGGGUGCCGAACGCUGCCUCUCACUCCCACGCCGGGCUGCUCGGCGUCCGACCUGAGGCCCCCGUUGGUCAGGACGUCCCCGGGAGGGGGAGGGGCCGGGGUGGGCCGAGAACACCGGGUGUCUCCUCCGACGUCAGGUCCCCGGUACUGGCGUCCUUGGAGGACCGGGCGCGGGAGUUGCUGUGAACUGCAGCGUUGGGGUCCGUUUCCAGGAACCUUCGGUGCCGGCAGCGGGUGGGGGGGUCUUGUUCAGUCAGGCUCAGGGCCGGUGCCUGGGGGCUCCCACUCGCGUGUUCCGAUCUUCGGCACGCUUCUCCUGACUCAGAAAGGAGGGGUCCAAGCAGUUGUAGAUAGUGCAGGUGCUUUUUAAAAACUAUGGCUUUUAGAUGUAAAGGGGGCAGGGAAACUUAGGAUCAGAUGUGUUUACCAUGAGAUUCUUGCCCGAGGCUGUUUCUUAACGGCGACGUGAGCGUGGGGCCCAGAGUGGGUGGCCUCGGGUGAGCCCACGCGGAGCGAGUGGGGUCCGCGCUGUUGGGUGUGGGAGCCCGAGGGACGGGCGGCAGAGGUGUCUGCUCGUGCUCCGGGGAGUUGGGACCGCUCGUGUCCUCCUGCUGCAGGUGGUUGAUGAUGAGCACGGGGUCGACCCUGCCCCUGCCCCGUGCAUCCAGGUGGGUCGGCUCACCCAGCUUCUGGAAGGACGAGGAGGCGGGGCAGACCGGGACGGGUCCGGCUCAGCCGCCCGUGCCCGUCCCGCGGGAUGCAGACCUGGGCAGGCAGGCGCUCCAGGCCCCUGCAGCGCUCGCCGCUCCGCCUGUGAGCCUGGGCCUGAGGCCGGUGUGCAGCUGGGGGGCUGGGGCGCCCCGUACUCCCCGUGCCUGUGGUUCCCCCCUCUGUCAAGCAGUGACUGUGUGGCUUUUCUUCCCAACAUUCCCAGCAAACUCGCUGCUAAGACUCACUGUCACAGUGAAAUUACAGGGGAAAAUGUGAUGUGUAGACCACAACUCAAAAUGUGACGUUCUCCUAGAACGCUUGCACUUGGGAAUCGGGUGGUGCCCACUUAAAAGUGUGCACUGUUGCGCAAGGGCCUCCGGAUGCACGGGUGUUCUGCCAACCCCACGUCCUCGCGUGGUGCCGGCGGAGGGCCCUUGGCCCCGGAGGGCAGGGCGGGCUCACGUGUUCUGCCCCAGCGUGCUGACUGCUCGUAACAAAGUGUCAGGUCUCCGGAAGGGCUCAGUGUGGGCCGAGACCCUCACCUGUGGUUGGAAGACCUAUAACGUGGGCCGCAUGCGGGGCCCGAAGGGACGGGGACCUCCCUUCUGCCCCAGAUUGGGCAGGGGCACCUCGCUGAGCAUCCCGGUGGGCUUUCCUCGAAGAGGCGUGUGUCGGUCCCCCCUUCCCAGCAUUCCCAGCGGGCGACACGUGGGCCGCGUGCCGUCCUCCUUGGCCAGUUCCUGGCGGGAGGCGUGUGCCCGAGGCUCUGCGGCGGGUGUUCACGGUGCACUUUCCCUGGAAGGGCCCGUCUGGCCGCGGCGGGUCUGGUUUUCUUUCGCAGCGACUGCCGCACCACUCCAGUUUCCAAGUCGCCCUUCACGACGCUGCCUGCCAGAACGCCCACCCGCCGUCCCGCCUUCCUGGUAGUUCCAGCAGCGAGUGGCUCACGGGGAGGGCCGGUGUGGCUUUGUCUUAAAGGUCAGGGGUCCUGUGUUCUGGAGGUUGGGUAAUCCUUCCGGAACAGUCCACAUGCAAGCGCCGUGCCCUCAGAGACGUUGGAGACGAAGCGGCUCCCUCCCACACGCCAGUGUCUGUUCUCGUGGGAGGGAGACGUCGGAGCAGAAACGGGCUACCCCGUGGCGGCAGCAGGCGGAGGGGGGAGCCCGCCGCGCUGGGCGUCCAGCCUCGCAGGGUCCCACGGGAAGGACUGAGCAGCCUCCUUCUGCGGGCACAGUUGUAACGGAGCCGGAACACUUCCUAGCAAUCACAUGGAGAAAUUGUGCGCUUUCUAUUUUAAAGAGGAAACUGUUUUUUAAGUACUUGAAUUGUCAGACAAUGUAAUUCCAUUUGUAUUAGAUUUCGAAUGAGCCCACUGAGGAAGUGGAACGGCCCAGGAAAUGUGAAUAAACGACCAGGAAACGAAA